AUGGAUCACCUCAGCAUUCAAGAAGAGGCUGAUGCACAGUGGCUUCAUGAGCGAGGUGUUCCAACGUUCGAGGAGCCAUUCCUUCAGAAAUACCUUCAGGGCCGAGAUGCUCUAAUCAACCAAGAGAAGAAGCAACGUAGCGAUCAUGCUUUCCGGGAGACCCUGUCCCCAAUGGCUCGCGAGGCUUGUGCUAUUGUCUCUGCCAUCAGAUUCGAGGAACAACAAACACUUUGGACUAAAGACUACGAAGACAGUCUAGGCUCUGACUCUAAAGAUAUCUACCCUGGAAUGAUGUUCACUCUUGCCCGCCCCAAGAUUGAACAAUCCAAACUAUGGAAAAUCGUCAAGAAGAUGCCCAAAGGCGCUCUGUUGCAUUGCCAUCUGGAAGCCAUGGUUGACAUGGACUGGCUUGUUGAGGAAGUAUUCAAGAUCGGAGGCAUGCACAUCCAGGCCGACCAACCCCUCGACUCCGAAGAUGCUCAACUUUCCACACCAUUCGUCUUCAAAUGGCUUAAGAACCGCUCCCCAGAAACAUCCUCGAUAUGGGAAACCUCUUACGUUGGUGGUCAAUGGAUCCCCAUCGACACUGCCGCUGAUGCCUUUCCCCACGGUGGGCGCAAGGGCUUCCAGAAAUGGCUCAAGGAGCGCAUCACCAUCACUCUCGACGAGUCCACACAGCACAUGCAUGGUCCCAACGACAUCUGGCGCAAGUUCCAAUCAUGUUUCGGCAUCAUCUCCAGCUUACUCCACUACGAACCUACCUUCCGCGCCUUCCUCCGCCGCAUGUUUGAAGAACUAGUCGAAGACGGCGUGCAAUACGUCGACAUCCGCAGCACCUUCCUCGACCCUUUCUACAAACAAGGCUCCGAAGACCCCGAACCAUCCAACGAACUCAUGAUCGACAUCCUCGACGAAGAAAUCGAAAACUUCAAAGCUCUGGGUAAAGGCUUUUGGGGUGCAAGAUUGAUCUAUACCACUCUGCGUAGCUUUGACUCUCGCAAAGUGGUUGAAAGCAUGCAAGAAUGCAUCGACAUGAAAAUUCUCUAUCCAGAAUUAAUCUGCGGAUUCGAUCUCGUGGGCCAAGAAGACCUAGGUCGCAGCCUAGCAGAUCUCACCCCGGAACUCUUCUGGUUCAAAAAAGCAUGCGCGCAAAACAGAGUCGACAUCCCCUUCUUCUUCCACGCAGGCGAAACCCUCGGCGACGGCGACGAAACAGACGAAAACCUUUUCGAUGCAAUAUUGCUCGGCACACGAAGGAUCGGACACGCAUUUUCACUCUACAAACACCCAUUGCUGUGCGACAUGGUCAAGGAAAAGAAAAUCCUGAUUGAGAGUUGUCCCAUCAGCAACGAAGUACUGCGUCUAACAAGCAGCAUCAUGUCCCAUCCCCUUCCCGCUUUACUUUCCCGCGGCGUCCCAGUAUCCCUCUGCAACGACGACCCGGCAAUCCUGGGCCACGGACACAGCGGCAUGACCCACGAUUUCUGGCAAGCACUGCAAGGAUGGGAGAAUCUGGGACUUGAGGGCUUGGCUUCGUUGGCGGAGAAUAGUGUCAGAUGGGCUUCCUUUGAAGAUAUGAAUGCGCAGCAAUGGCAACAGGAGCUCAAGGAUGGUGCCUAUGGCAAGGGCGAGAGGGCACUGAGAAUGCAGCAGUGGGCCAAGGACUUUGAAAAAUUUUGUCAGUGGGUUGUUGUGGAGUUUGGAGAGGAUCAGGAUUUGAAUCCUGAUGAGUAG